GAUUAAUUGCAUUUGCAAUAAUAUCGCGAUAUGAUAAAACGCGAUUUUCUAACCGCAAUGGACGCGAUUUGACGGUCACGUGAUGGUCACGUGACGGUGACGCGCUAGCCAAACAACACAGAGGGAAAGCUGAUGUCGUCUGCGACUAACUUGCUGAACAAUGGCGUCAGAAUGCACAAACACCGACACAACUGAAGGUCUGGUACCAAAGAGGAGCGGCACGUCAUUGGUGUGGAAUUUUUUUGGGUUUAAGAAAGAAGACGCUGCGCAAACUCAGGUGUUGUGCCGGACAUGCCUUGCUAUGGUUGCUACCUCACGAGGUAACACGACGAACCUCUAUCAGCACUUGAAAAAACACCACAAGGCUAUGUAUGAUAGCUGCAUGGCUAGAAUGGCAACUACCAGUGCCUCAGCGUCAGUUAAGCAAAGUACCACCCGACAGGGAUCACUGACCGAACUGUUUGAAAGUGUUACUCCCUAUGAACAUAAUGCGAAACGGCACGUUGAAAUAACUCGGGCAAUUACGGAGUUUAUAGCGAAAGACAUGAUAUCCGUCAGUAUAGUGACCAAGCCUGGGUUUACGGCUUUGGUACACACGUUGGAUAAGCGGUAUUCAAUGCCCUCGCACACAUAUUUUAACCAAGUCGCAAUACCUGAGCUAUACAAAAAAUGCAGAGACAGAGUUGCUGCGGAGCUGAAAACAGUGGAGUUUUUUGCAACAACUACAGAUUUGUGGUCAAGCCGAACAGCGCAGCCAUACCAGAGUCUAACAGUGCAUUAUAUUGACGAGGACUUAAAUCUUAAAGCUCGCUGCCUUCAAGCUUCCUACUUCCUGGACGACCACACAGGGGAAAACAUUGCUGCUGGCUUGAGAGAGGGACUGGCUAGCUGGAAUUUACCGGAAGAAAAUCACAUCUGCAUAACGACGGACAACGCAUCAAACAUGGUGUUGGCAGCACAACUAAAUGAAUGGACCAGACUGCAGUGUUUUGGGCACCGAUUACAUCUUGCCAUCGGACAUGCACUUAAAGAUGACAGAGUGUCCAGAGCAAUAGGGCUGUGCAAGAAGCUGGGAUCCAAAGAAAUGAUGAUUUCCAGGGUGCUAGAGCAGCUCAAAGCCAUCACUCAGGUGUUGUCAGGUGACCGAUAUGCACGCUCCCUGAUCCCAACCUGGCAGGAUAUUGAGGUGUUGGAGUCCAUUCACAAGGCACUGCAUCCUCUCCAGGAGUUUACGGAUGCUCUCUCUGGAGAGGAGUACGUCAGCAUCUCUUACUUAAAACCAGUUCUUCACCUUCUGUCCACAUCAGUCCUGGCUGAAAACCAAGAGGAAACUGACCUGACAAGGUCAAUUAAGACCAAGGCCCUGGCUUACCUCACCGAUAAGUACAGUGACCCCAGCAUCCAGGAGCUUUUGGAUGUUGCAUCCUUUCUAGACCCAAGGUUCAAAACCAAGUACAUCGCUGCAGACAACAUUCCCACCAUUAAGACCCGACUCAAAACUGAAAUUAUGCAACCAGCAAGGCGUGCAUAUAACCAGGAGAAGAGAAGUCGUACUGAAACCACAACGAUGCCUAAAAAUGCACAGCCCUCUGUUGAAAAGGGCAAGAAGUCUCUUGGGAGUUUCUUCAAGACUGCUGUGGGCUCUUCUGUUUCUUGCAUGCAACCCGAAGAUGUUGUUGAGGCAGAGUUAAACAGCUACCUCAUGACUCCUACCAUCGAUGGAGAGGAAGACCCCUUGGCCUGGUGGAAGAUGCACAGGAUUAACUUUCCACAACUGUGCAACAUGGCCCGCAAGUAUCUUUGUGUCCCAGCCACAAGUGCUCCUUCAGAGCGUCUUUUCAGUGCUGGAGGGAAUAUAGUGACUUGCACUCGCUCCUCUUUGAAACCAGCAAAAGUUGACAUGCUGAUUUUCCUGGCAAAAAAUCUGUGAGCUUCUAAAAAAAAUACAGAGACAAAUCUUUGUGGCUUACAGUGCCAUAUGUUUUUUGCACUUUACAAUAGUUGUUUGCUGCUCUUACUGAGUGAAUAUAUAAUUUAUAUGAUUGUUCAAAACGUUUCUUAGGAUUUAAAAAGGUCAUACACUAAUUUAUUUUCUGUUUAUUUGAGAGUUUGAUUGACCUAUUAAAAUGUUUACAGGUUGAAAGAAGUAAUUAAUUCGAUAUACUAUG